AAAUCAAAAAGACCAAAAACCACAUUCACGCCGACGCCAUCAAAGCUCCCGAACCUUUCCCAUCUUCCUUGUACUCCCUCCCACCUCUUCAGGUUCCGGUCGAAGCGAAUCCGGCUCCCGCCUAGGGUUAGGGUUAGGGUUUCGGGUCGGUGCCGUACCGUGGAGUCCGGAGCAGCUCGCUCGGCAGGGGGAUAAUGUACGCCGAUCGGGUGGAGGCCGAGGGCAAGAGGUCCGUCAGGGAGCGGCUCAACGGCAACUCCUACGCCGACUCCUCCAGGCGGCAUCAGAUCACCGGCAAGAGGCAGAGGCAAGACGAUAAGUGGGAACAUGAUCUUUACAACAAUGAUGAACAUCAGAUUUCAAAUCGCAGGGUCGAGGGCCGUGAUCUGCGUUUGAAGCUCCAGAGGAAGGGUCUACAGCCAGCAUCUCAAGGUGCAAAGGGGACUUUUUCCGGUGUGCGAGAUCUUCGUGAAAAGCUUUCUGGUGUAAUAAGUUCCCAACCAACAAGUAAUAACACAGCCAAACCAAAGUUGGCACCAGAGGCAACUAAACCUACCAGGAGAAGUGUUGUUGAAGCUCCUAUGCCAGAGACCAAAAAAGCUGUUAACCCAGUUCCGAACAAGAAACAGAAGGUUGGCGUGGAUGGUUUAUUGCGGUCUUUGGGUCUUGAAAAAUAUUCAAUUACAUUUCAAGCUGAAGAAGUGGACAUGACGGCUCUUUUACAUAUGGGUGAUGAGGAUCUCAAAGCUUUGGGAAUUCCAAUGGGUCCAAGGAAAAAGAUACUUUUGGCAUUGGAAUCUAAAGAUUAGUUCCCUUGGAUAAGGAUCCUUCGCUGAGAGGAUAAAGGGGAGAUGCGUACUUCUGUUUCUAUUUCAUAUUAGAUGUGAAGAACUGGAUGGCAUUGUCAAGUGCUCUGAUUUAAUGUAAUGAUGAUUCAUCAUUGCAGGUGUAAAGGUUAUACUUCUGCUUUAUUCUCGCUAUAUCCAUUAGCUAUUGUGUGGUUCGAUUAGGACAGGUGGUUGCAGUCAUCGGAGGUUGGAAAUUUUGCUCUGCAGUUGUGGAUGGCCAAAGACUCUUUAAGGGAAAGGUGGAAAACUGGAAACUAUACGACAGGGGGAGGCGUUUGGAUGUAAAUUUCAAUGCUGUGGUAUUUCAGGUUUAUGAGUAUGGGGUGAUCAAUUUUCUUUGUUCAGAACCAACUGCAACCAUGGUCUGUUUGGGGUCCUAUCUUUGCUUAUUCUUGGACAGGAGAUGUAAAUCCUUUGUAGCAACUUGGAUCCAUCGAUGUUUCUUUGGUUAAAAGCUGACCUGUUGAAUAUGAUUUUGACUGUCGAGCAGGAUUUUACAGUACAUCUCUCACAAGAGAUUUUUUA